GAUUGGGCGAAACUAAAAGGAUAUUCACAGAGAAAAAAAUAACAAAACAGAAAGUUUUGAAUACACAUACAGAUAAGCAAAGAAAGUUUUAGUGAGUGCGCGAGUGUUUGUGAGACAAACACAAAAACACGCACAAAUUAGCAACACUAGCAUAGUGUUGUGCAUGAGUGAUUGAUUGAUUGAUUUCGUUGCGAAGGAUUCAAAUGGAAUACUAACGAUGGUCGAAUAGAAAAGUGCUGGAAAAAAAUAUUUGAAUUUUUUUCGGGAAAAAAUUCCAAACAAUUAUUGAAUUUAAGUGAUAUUUGAGGUAUACUAUAUCCGUUUUGCAAUUGCCGGAUAAUAUUAAGAAUAACAACAAUAAAUUUACAAAGAGUGAAAAACGAUCAAGUGCAAAAUGUUAAAUUUACAGCACCGGUAUCUGGGGCUAAUUAUACCCAUAAUCGCUUUACAGCUCAUAAUAACGUCCGGUUUGACCGGCUGGUCUGAGGCCAGCAUUAUCAUCGACAUGAAUAACAUGUUGCGCGAUACCUCAACGGAAGUGAACACAAUGCCCUCAACAGUGACAACAUCCUCGGCGGCAGCAUCCUCCUCAUUGUCCGAUAAACAUCGACAAAUGACCGAAAAUAUUUUGCGCAGCGAUAGCAAAGAUGCGGCCAACAAUGGUGGUGGCGAAAAUGGUAUCUAUGCCAGCUAUAAUGAACCCAGUGCAGAGCUCUUACGUUUUGUCGAAGACGAUGACGACGACGAUAGCGGUGACGACAAUGAUGAGAGUGGAUAUGCAACAGAUUCAGAGUCAGAAUAUGGUGCAUCUGAUAAUAGUGUUGACAAUGACAUUCAUUUGCCAUCGCGACAAAGUCGCCAAUCCAACAGCAACAAUAAUGACAACUACUUGGAAGACAAUGACAACAACUCGUAUAUGCAAUCUCUAUCGCUGAGAGAUCAAGUGCGACUAUUAACCAAACAAGUCAAUGUUUUAAUGAAUCGUCGACGUGAGGAUUAUGAAUUGUUGGAACGUAAUUUACGUAAAUCUCUGAGGAUAAAUCAAAACAAACACCAGGAUGAGCUAAAGUCACAGGAUGCUGCCACAACAACAAACAGGAAAAAUAAUGAUUUGGAUUUACUCAAAGAACUGGAGACGUUGAGACGUGAAGUUCAAGAAUUACGUAAUGGUCAUUUAAUGGGCACCACGAUUAUCGGUGCCAAUGGCAACAAGGAACGCCUCACCAUCGAAUGGCUGCAACAGUCGGUCGGCGAGCUAAGGAAACAACUUGUGGAAUUGCAAACCCUUGCCAGCAAUGCGAUGCGGGACAUCAACACACGCACCCAAAGCUGGGAGGAUUUGACCACAAUUCGUAGUGAUUUCCAACAACUUAAGCUGGAAUUAGCCGCACUCAAAGAACGCCAACAGCAGACCGAUGUCUAUGUGCAGGAGUUGCGUGAAGAGACCGUACAGCAAGAAGAGGAUUACAAGCGUCUGGCCAUGCACAUCAGCCAACAGAAACAAAUACAAAAUUCUGAUGAUAAGGCCAUCAACACAAACGAAGACCAGCAACAGCGACAACAACAAACAGCCCUUUCAACCGUUGAUCUCUUGGCCGACCACAAAAGGCGUCAUGUCCGUUUCCAACGUCAACAGCUGCACGAACUCCAAUUGGCCCAACGUCAUUUACGCCGCCAAUUCAACGAAUUGAAAUAUCAUCGCAUUGGCGAACGUGUUCGCAGCAUCGAAAUCGAACAGCAUCGCGUUGCGGAAGCCAACUUCAAUCUAUCGCGGCAAAUUGCUUCCCUGGAUAAGUUACACACAUCCAUGUUCGAGCUGCUCGAAGACGUCGAACAGCUGCAGACUAAAGUUGAUAAAAAUCUACCCGAAUUACGUCACGAAAUUUCCAAAUUGGAAUUCGGUCAUGCACAACUUAUGUCCGAGCAGAAUAUGGUGCGUGAGGAGGGCAAAAAUGUGGCCCGUUCAUUGCAGGCGCUGGCCUACAGUGUCGGUACGUUGCAAGAGGAACGUGACGGUGUGCGUCGCAUGCAAUCAAGUGUGGGUGAAAUGCGUACCCAAUUGGAUCGUUUGCAAACAAUGGUCGAUGAUAUACAAAGAGCUUUGCAGCAUCGUCAGCAUCGUGGCGCCCAACAUAUAAAUAAGAAAUCCAAUCAUCAUCAACGUCAUCAUAAUGCGGAUAAUAAGGAUAAUGAAAACGACCAAUCCGAAGAUAAUCAACCGCAAAAUGCCGAAUCAUUGGUAGCAAAAUUGGAAAAUGUUGAACAACAAUUUGAAUCAAUUAUUGCCAAACUGCCGAGAGAUUGCAGUGAAGUGACACCGUCAGAGACCACAACUAAUGACGGACUCUAUCUGAUUGCCCCCGCCGGUGAUCAUCAUCCGCAAAUGGCCCACUGCACCAGCGAUGGUUGGACAACGGUGCAGCGACGUUACGAUGGCAGUGCCGAUUUUAAUCGUUCGUGGGAAGACUAUGCCGCAGGUUUUGGUUCACCGGCCGGCGAAUUCUGGAUUGGCAACGAACAAUUACACCAUUUGACACUGAACAAUUGCACCCGACUGCGGGUGCUGAUGCAGGACAUCUACGACAAUGUCUGGCUGGCCGAAUACAAUCAAUUUUACAUAUCGUCACGGUCCGAUGGCUAUCGUUUGCAUAUCGGCGGCUAUAGUGGCAAUGCCUCCGAUGCAUUGGACUACCAGCAGGGUAUGCAAUUCUCGGCCAUCGAUGUGGAUCGUGACAUAUCACAAACGCACUGUGCUGCCAACUAUGAGGGUGGGUGGUGGUUCUCGCAUUGUCAGCACGCCAAUCUGAAUGGUCGCUACAACUUGGGUUUGACGUGGUUUGAUGCGCAACGGAAUGAAUGGAUUGCCGUUAAAUCCAGUCAAAUGAUGAUUAAACGUCAGUCACAUGAGACGUGUAAUUAUGGUGGUGAUGCGACAGACAUAGCACCAACAACAGCGACAGCGACAGCAUCGUCGACCGCAGUAACGUCGACAACAACGGCGAGGGCGACAAUAAACUCUGACAAGUCGAUACCCUUGAAUAACCUAAGACCUGUUGAUGAUCAGCAGAUGGGAGAAAACACAGUUAUCUUGGAGACUGUGUAGAACGUUCCUUCCCCCUUCCCUCCCACUUCCCCCCUCCCUGCAUACUCAUAUCGUCUUAGGUUAUUUAAAAAUUAAGGGCAUUUUUUUACACAGAAAAUGAUCAAUAGCUGGAUAGUUGUCGUAAAACUUCUUAGAGUUAGAACCACCAAAGCCAUACCUUACUAUAGUUCGCGGUACAGUACGGAAUGUGUACAUAUAUUGGUAAUGCUGAAAGUAAAGCCAACAGGUUGGGAUGAGGAGCAAUCGGCAGUAGUGCUGCUCUUCCUAUACCUGUAAUCAAAAAACAGCUCAUAUACACACACACUCUCAAAACCACUCACCCGCUCAUCCACACACACACACACAAUCACAUCAACAUUGUAAAUAAUUAUCAUGAAAAACACUAACCAUUAUUUUGUUUUUUUAUUUUGCUACUUAUUUUUUAUUGUUUAAUUAUUAUUAUUAUUAUUACUAUAAACUAAGACAAAGAAAAAAAAACACAAAAUAAUAAAAAUGUAUCUAUUUUUUACAUUAAAACAAAGAGAGAGGUAAAAUAAAAUAAGAAUACAAUAACAAUAACUAUAAGCGUCCAUUAAAAGUCAAUAUCAUUAAAAACAAAAAGAACGGCAACAACAAAAGAAUUAUACAAAACAAAAAAAAAAAAAAGUAAACUAAAUUAAAGCUUAUCAAAUGAGUGUUGAAAAAUUUUACUUUUCCAUUGAGAAACAAUAACAAUAACAACAAGCUUAUUUGGGUUGCACACACACACACACACGGAGUGAUAUUUACAUAUUCUGAAAAUGAGAAAAUUAGCGCACAAUUGCUUUAUUGAAAUAUUUAAAAAUUUACAACAUGGCUUUUCAAACUGUUAAUUACUUUACAAUAUUAAACGGAAAUUAUUUAUUCCAUUGUGUAGGUCUGUUACAUUUUUGGAAUUGAAACAAUUGUUUUCGGUUGAAUUUACAGCAGAGAUUUGUUAAUUCUAAAUUUGUUGCUAAUUAGCUAAAAUUGUUCCAUUGAAAUGUUUUGCAUAUCAUUAACAAUGCCUUAUUCAAAUGCAAAAAUGUUUAUUAUUUUUUGAAAAUGAAUAGGAAAUUGUCAUUUCCUGCCACAUUUUAGGGGAAAUGUUUAAAUAUUAGAAACGUUUUCAUUUUUUCAGAAUAUAUAAUAUCACAAAGUGUUCAACAGGGUUUCAGAUAAGAAAAUGAAUUCAACAUGAGGCAUGGUAAGAUACCGAAAUAAUAGCACGUUUCCACUAGAGCUUUUUGCUGACAUGAACCAAUUUCAUGGAGAUUUAUUUGGUAAAAUGUACGGUAGGCUUUAUAUGUACUACACGUGUUCAAACUCUAAAUGUUAUUUUAUUCCUGGCAAGUGCCCUCUACAUUGUCAGCGAAAAGUCCAACUAAAAAUUUUUGAUUUUUUCCAACAGUUUGUGUAACGCCCAUUUGGUAUCCAAAAUACACAAUUAGUUGAGAUUGACAAUUUAUUUUUAUUAAAUCUUCAUAUGUCAUUCUAAAUUUUCAGACUUUCAAGGUUUCACAUUAAAUUCAUGUUUUUCUUUUUGUCGGAAAGAAUAAUACGAAAAUGUUUACUUUUUACAUCAAAAAGUUUUUAAAAAUUUUCAUUUUGAAGUUUGCCGAGAAGGAUAUUAGUAAAACCAUUGCAUAAGGGAUCCACAUACAUUUUUUUGGUCGAAACCCCUUUAAACGUCUCCAUACGUAAACCCUACAGACUAACAGUGACCUCAAUAUCAAAAGUCGGAAAUACAGAUCUAACUCUUCAACUAUUACCCAAUUUAGUAACAUUUAGUAAGCAUAUCUAAAAUGAUCGACAUCUCUGCAUCCCGAAUACCAAUAGUGAUCCAAAUAAUUGAACGCAAAAUAAUCCAAAAAAAUUGUGCGCAGUUCCAAAAAAAAUCUCUUUAGCUCAAUCUCAGAUUCCAUUAGUGACCUUUAUACAAAAAUUUUAGGUUUUCGGCUCUUUAAUUUCCCCCGUUAUCAAAUUAAGUACCAUUUAGUAUAAUUAUAGUACGCAUAUCCAAAUCCAGCCCCUUCUAUCAACCAAAGACAUAAACAGUGACUUCAAUAUCAAAUUUAAAAAAUGUCAGCUUUAUUUCUUCACCCAAUACCAAAUUUAAUAUUUUCGUACAAUUCUAUAUCCCAAUCCCAUAUACCAACAGAGAUCUCAGUACCGAAUUCCAGCUCUAUUCCGUCAUUUAAUACCAAAUUUAGUACUAUUUACUACUUAUCGUACAAUAAUAGUACAAAUAUCCAAAAGCACCUCCAUAUCCGUAAUCCCAUAAUUAUCUUAGUACCAUUUAGUACGUUAAUCCUUUCAAAACCACCCCCAUACCUCAAUUUAAAAUACUAACAAACACCUUAAAGCCAAAUUAGAGUACUCCAGCCCUCUCCCUUCACAAAAUUCCAAAUUUGGUGCCAUUUAGUACUUUUCGCAAAAUUAUUGUACAUAUUUCCAAAACCACACCAUAUCUCAAUCCCAGAUCCCAAAAGAGAUCUCUAUAUCAAAUUCCGGGAUCCCAGCUCUAUUCCGUCAUCUAAUACCAAAUUUAGUACUACAAAGUACUUUUCGUACAAUUAUAGUACACAUUUCCAGAACCACCUCCAUAUCUCAAUUCCAUAUACCAAGAGAGGUCUCAAUAUCCAAUUCCAGGAUUCAAGCUCUAUUCUUUCAUCCAAUACCAAAUUUAGUACAACAAAGUAAUUUUCGUACAAUUAUAGUACACAUUUCCAAAACAACCUUCAUAACUCAAUUCCAGAUACCAACAUAAACCUCAAUCCGAAAUUUGAGUAUAGUAGCCCUCUUCCUUCUCCCAAAAUCAAAUUUAGUGCUAUUUGGUACUUUUAGACCAGUUAUAGUACACAUUUCCACAACCAACUCCAUAUGUCAAGGCUAUACAUGAACAGUGACAAUAAUAACAAAUUUCAUACGGCAAGCACUAUCUGUUCACCCAUUAACGAAACUAGUACUAUUUGGUACUUUUCGCACAAAUAUAGGACGCAUUUCCAAACCACUUCAAAAAUCUCAAACACCGAUUCCAUCAGCAAUCUAAAUAUCAAAUUUUAGAAUUGCAUUUCUUUGCCUGUACCCAAUGCCAAAUUUAGUACCAUUUAGUACUUUUCAUACAAUUAGAGUAGAGUUAUCCGAAACCACCUCCUCGUGUCCAUUUGAUGUAAAGCAUUAUCUGUUCACCAAAUAUCAAAUUGUACCAAAUGAUACUAUUUAGUACUUUUCGUGCACUUGUAGUAUACAUUUGCAAAACCACCUCCAUAUCACAAUCCUACCGAGAUAAAAAAACUGCAACAAAGUCAAACGCCAUAACUUUUACAUUUUUUUUUUCAAAUUUUAUUGAAUGAAAUCAGCAAAUUUCGGAAAGAGAAUCAAAUUUUAGAAAAAGUUUACCUUUGCACGAAUUAUGACCUUCAAACGACCGAUUCCCGGCGUAGCGCUUGUUUGAGGUGAUCGACACUUUGGUAUUUUUUAGUUCAACAGAGUGGUAUCCGGAGAUUUUGGUGGCCAUUGUGCGCUGGAAAUGAAGCGUGGAACCUCAUUUUGUAAUCAUUCUUGGGUGGCGCGUGCUGAGUGCGAUGGUGCUGAGUCCUGUUGGAAUGUACAAGGUCUGCGGCCAAAAUGUUGGCGUGCCCAAGACCUUAAUACCCCUCCAUAAAAUUUUCGCAAUAAUAUUGGGCAUUUAUUCUGAUGCCACGGUCGAUUAAUACGAGCCGAGAGCGACUAUUGGCAUCACCAUGGCCGGCGCUUGAGUUCUGUUCUGGUGGCCAACCGAAGCUGCACAUUUUCAGCUGACCUCUCUGGCAAGUAAACACGAUCAUUCUGAUCGGAAAAAACCAACUUCGGCAGCUCAUCAUUUUCGGCCAAGCGAAGCAACUCUUUAGCUCUUUCGAGUCUAUUUUCUUUCUGUUGCGGUGUAAGUUUUUGCACUUUUUGCAAUUUCAAUGGCUUUACCCCGAACUCAUUUUUCAAUGUUUGCCAAAUGGAAUAUUGCGAUAUCUUCAGCUCACGAGCCAUUUUUUGGCCACUGCGACGCGGGUUUCGGUCAAGUCGUUUCUUUACUUUUCGAACCAUUUCUGUUAAUCCUGCUCUUUUCUUCCGUCCACUUCCUUGACGUCGGACUACGCUACCAGUAUCACGGAAAAAGGCGAUGGUACGAGACACAAAAGAUUUAUUCACAUUUAAAUGCUGGAGGUCUCUAAAGAUAGCCACUUGUGGCUUUCCAGCCAUGUGUAAAGAAAUCACAUUAUCACGCUUGAAUUCCAACACGUUUUUUCUGGAAAAUUCUUACCAAAGUGCUUUUGUACGCUCGUAAACAUUAUAAUGAGCUGUCACUGGAAUAGUUUUUUAAAACAGCAGUCGGACAAGUGGUUUAAAAAUGACAGCAGUCUGAAAUUGGUUGCAGUUUUUUCAUUGCACCCUGUAAUUUCCAACGCUGAUCCACAUACCAGAUUCCGAUUUUUUAGAUCUGUCGGUUCAUAAAACACUAAAUGGUAUCCUAUUAAAAGUUUAGCAAGGAUUUUAGAACUUUUCGUAAACUUUAAGUACAAAAUUCUAAAGAAAUUUCAAGAAUUUCCCUUCCAAAAUGAUAGGAUCCUAACUAGUUUCGUUUUUCGAAUACAUAAUAUCAUUUGUUUAGUACAUUCUAGUACUUUUCGUAUCCUUUAAGUAUGAAUUACCAAAAAAUCCAGCUUUGUCACACUCCUACGCACCAAGGUUGACCUACGUGUAAAAUUUCAGGAUGCUAGCUUCAGGCAUUUGGCCUUGGCGUUGAUUCUCUUUCAGUCACUAAUUUAAAUACGUUUUUUAAAAAAUAAAUAUUUUUACAUGCUGUUUCCCACAUAGGAAAGUAUAUAAGGAUCUUCCUAUCUCGCCGAGCUGAGCUGUAUGUCCGUCCGUCCGUCUGUCCAUGUUAACUUGUAAUCACUCUUAAAUUUAGAAUGGAGGUGGGGCUAGAGCCAGAAUAGAAGCCUAUUGCUUUUGGAGAUGAUCGUAUAUUAUUUAGGGGUUGAAAUGGACCAAAAACUGAAAAAAUUCCUGAUCUGGCAGUUGCUCUACAGGUCGCAAUUAUAGACCAAUCGAAACGGAAGUUAGCAUGGGGCUAGAACUUAGGGCUGGGCAGAAGCCUUCCAAUUUUAAUGGUCAUCGGGUAAUAUUUAUUGGUGAAAUAAAAAAUAAUAUUCGGGAUGUUUGCUAGAAUGCCUAUAUCUCAAAAAUGACUGGACCGAUUUUGAAAAAUUUUUAAAAAUUAAAAGAAUUUAAAUAAAAAAAUCGCAUAAAAAGAUGCAUAUAAUGAUGUUAAUAUAGAUUUUGUAGUAAUUUGCGACAUAUUUUUAUUUUUCAUAUUCAUUUUAUCGCAUGCUAUUCGUUCAAAGAUGUCCGCAAUAUAUUUAGGGGUUUAAAAAGAAUCAAAAACAGAAAACAUUUCCCCAUCACACAAUUGAAGGCAAUCGACACGGCUAAGAGGAGAGUUAAAGACAGAGAAAAAUGCUAGCAUUUUGUACGACCGUGAUAUAAUUUCAAAAACAAAAUCUUCCAAAAUGGAUUUGGACAUAAGGGGGCUUCUUACUUAUUGUAGUGUUGUAGGGUAUCACAUGGUCAGCCCGGCACGACUAUAGCCUUUGCUUACAUGUUUUAAUUUAAAGUUCUUAUCUGAAACCCCUUUUGACUGCUGUCCAUAUUGCAACAUUUAAAGAAACAAAUGUCAAUGUUUUUAUAUGUUUUUUUUUUUUUUUGUUUUUGUAAAGAAAAGUAUCUUAAGCGCAUUUGUAUUGAAAUAGUUACUAAUAAUAGUCACAGUUACAGUCACAGUCACAGUCACAUUAAUUAAAAACAAUUCCAUUUUAUUGUAAGCAAAUGAUUUACAAGCAAGUCGAACAUGAACAGAGCCAGAACAGAACUGGAAAUAAAAGAAGGAGAAAAUAUGUUAAGUGCUGUGAACAAAACAAAAGAGAAGAAAAUAAAAGUUGAAAUGAAUUUAAUUUGUGUUCGUUUUUAAUUAGGAAGACAUCGGAAGACAUUUGUAAAUAAAAUAGCAUAGAAUUGUGUAGUUUUAAGUUUUACUUUUCUUCUUCUUUCUUCCUUACUUACUUACGUUUAUUUAAUAACAUUAUCAUCAUUAUUUUUAAUUAUUAUUAUUAUUAUCCUGAUUAUAUUAGCAUUGUAUGAUUGUAACUAACUCGUAUGUAAACAUAGUUAUGUGUAAUUGUAAUGUGAAAUCAUACAUAUAUGCAUAGACAAGACAAAGACACACACACAAUAACAAUAAUAAGAUUGAAUAAUAAUGCUAGAAUUUAUAAUACAAAAGGAAAACGUUAGGAAUGCAAAAAAAAACUUAAAUAUGAAAUUGAAAGCCAAAUAUUGAACAAAACAUAUGAAAACAAAUAAGAAGUAAGAAGAAAUGGAAGCAAGAAAAGAAAACAACUAAAUUAUACAUUACAUACCGAAAACAAAAACAAAAAAUCAGAAGAAGAAAAAACAUACAAAAAAAUCGAAA